AUGGGCGACGACGAGUGCGCGCGCGCCGGCGUCUUUUCCUCUGCGUCAACACCUCGACGGUCCUUUGUCGACGGUACGUUACCCUUUCCAGACGCUCGUUGCAGCAACCUUGACACGCCAGACACUUGCUUGUCUGCUGUACCCCGCGCGCCAACCAAACGAGGUGCCUCGUCCAGCGCGCCUUCCGUGCUGCAGCUCCUCGCAGCCGACUCGGCUGGAUCCAGUGCAAUCGCCGCUGUCCCUUCUACGUCCUCGAGUAGCGUCCAGAGCGCGCACAAGCCGAGACAAGAGCCGGUACUUUGCGUCGACAGCUGUUUACCGAAUAAGCGCCUCAAAGUGUCGUCACGGACUUAUCCCGAGACACUAACAGGGGUAGGUGAAGGGACCGAGAACACUGGCUGCAACAGUGUCGCACGAGGCAACAGCAAGCAAAAUGGAGACGUGCAGUCGUUGACAGCGUUACGAGAAGACUCGCAGCAGCGCCUGGAAGCCUUGAAUCUCUCGCAGCAAAACACGCAAGAGUGUACCCAAUUAUCUGUCGACGACAGUCCCCCGUCGUCGCGUCUCGUCUUACGUCUGGCGUUGCACCCUGAAGUGGACAAAGUCGUGACGGCGUUUCAGAAAAAUGCGCUCGAGCAGAAGGGACUGUACCGCAUUGAAAUGCAGAUCGGGACGCCUUGUAUCAAGUUAGGGAGGGAAAAGUUUCAGAGUAUUUUCGACAAAAAAACCUCGGCCAUUGAUCCCGUCAAGCUGAGCCGGACGCAUUGUCUCCUCGAGACAGCGCUGGACCCCGAGACGCAGUGUCAUGCGGUGUUUAUCUCCGACCACAGCACGAAUGGCAUCAAGAUCGAUAAUGUGCAAGUGAAAAAGGGCGUCAAGUACAAGCUCCAGGAUGGACAGGAGAUUACGCUCUUGUCUCGUCAAGGCAAUGUGCUGCUUGGGUAUGUCGUGGAAGAUCCACACGUGAAAGGCGCUCAAGAACGCAGCACUGCGAGAAGUAGUGGCGACGAUGUACAGGCGGACAAAUCACAGGAACGGCCUCAUUUCCAAGAGUAUACACUGGGCGUGCUCUUCUCAGCACCACUCGUGGGCAAAGACAUUCAUGGCAAGUACCAUCCUAUCGCUGCGUUAGAUGUUAAGCGCGAGUACUCUAUUCUCCAAAAGAGUCUAAUUGAAGCCUCCAAAUUUGCAAAAAGAACGGCUACAGACGCUCAUGUCAAUACAUUGGGUAGUACUGACACUGGAAUGACAUCGUCCAGGACGUACGAGUGCUCGCGUCAGAUCGACGUGGUUGCCAAAUUUGCCAACACGGACGCAUUCCGUGCCAUGAUCACAUUAGGAUGUAGAGCACUUCAUUUUUCAGGCCAUGGUGACGAGAAUCACUUGUACUUCGAAGAUGGAAUGGGGUUGGUGCAUCCGAUCCCCCAUAAAGGUCUUCAGGAACUGUUUUCGGCAGGAGGUGGCAGGGAUGAGUCAACACUACGUCUUGUGUUUGUUUCUGCUUGCUCCUCUGCACCGCUGGCUUAUGCUUUCGUAUCGUGUGGAAUUCCGCACGUCAUCGGUGUUCGAACCAACCAAAAGAUUGAAGACUACGCGGCUAUUGAGUUCACGCGCGCGUUUUACCUGGCACUUGCAACUGGUAAGUCUGUGGAGGCAAGCUUUACCAUUGCUCAGCAAUCAGUUGCAAAAUCGCCAAAUAUUCGAGGACCCAUGGCAGUUGCUGAGAAAUUUAUGCUCUAUCCGGAAGAUGGCGACCACUCGGAGGUUAUAUUUCCGUUAGUUGCUGUGGAGGCUACGAGAUCAGUUCAUUUGGAGCCGGUUAAGUCCAAGCGGUACCCGACGUUGUGGCUUGAUGACUUGCCAGCGAUGUGCCAAGGGUUUUGUAACCGCUCUGUCGAAGUGUACAAGAUCUGUCUUGCUUUGAUGAUGACGCAGUCUCGGAUCACACGUCUUGUGACAAUCUGUGGUGAGGAAGGUAUCGGAAAGACUACAAUUGCCCACGCUGUAGCAAAUUACGUUGGACCGCGUAUUACUUCAGAGGGAGGGGUUCGCAUUUUUUCGGUGGCCAGGCUAGCCCAAGAUGAAAUGGAUGAGCACGUGGGAAUGUUGCGGCGAAACAUCAAAAUUGCAAACGUUCGUUGUCGUGUACUGAUUCGGUUAGAGACGAUGGUCUCGGAUCAUCUCAAGCAACACAAGGCUCGAAUUGAGUUCAACAAUCAGCAAUUGCUGAUGGUCAUGGAUGGCUGCGACUAUCUUCUGCGCAAUGAUGGUCGCCGCGACCGUUUUCGCGCAUUUCUGUCCGACAUCCUGACCAAUAAUGUUUCGUUGAAAGUCGUGCUGACGGCAAGAACGUCUAUCUGUACGGAUGGUGCUGUCCGCGGUCACGGAGAGCGAUUGUACACGCUUUCAAGGUUUGACAUGAAGAGUGCGACGAUGAUGCUAGUGAGUCUGAUGAGCCGGCCUAUUCGCGUUGAAGAGCUGAAUCACGCGCGCCUGCCUUCCACCACGGACAAGUUGGAGCUCAUUGCUUCUCACCCGGCACUGAGAGCCACGAAGGGUAUUCCCAAAUGCAUAGCUGACCUUGCUGGCAGACUCAAUGAGACAACCAUGGACAAAAUUUCCGUAGACGAGACUUUGCGAGUAUAA